CCCAGCGAAAACGGGUCCAGUGUGUGAAGGAGCCGGGCCACUUCAGAGGCUCUGGCUCCCUCCCGCCCGCCGCACCUGAGCGGCCCUCCUCGGCCGCCGCGAUGCUGUAGGGACCAUCCAGUGCUAAGUCGGACCGUUAUCCGAGAAGGGAGCCACUCGGACCGCCUGACCUGCCUGCAAGAUGCCGCGCUCCUUCCUGGUCAAGAAGCAUUUCAAUGCCUCCAAAAAGCCAAAUUACAGCGAGCUAGACACACACACAGUGAUCAUUUCCCCAUACCUCUAUGAGAGUUACCCCAUGUCUGUCAUCCCGCAACCAGAGGUCCUCAGCUCGGGAGCCUACAACCCCAUCGCCGUGUGGACCGCCACAGCUCCGUUCCACUCCCCGCUACCCAGUGACCUCUCUCCUCUUUCUGGAUACCCCUCCUCCCUGGGGCGCAUGAGCCCCCCUCCUCCAUCUGACACCUCAUCCAAGGACCACAGUGGCUCAGAAAGCCCCAUUAGCGACGAAGAGGAGCGAAUACAAUCCAAGCUUUCAGACCCGCAUGCCAUCGAAGCUGAAAAGUUUCAGUGCAAUUUAUGCAAUAAGACCUACUCAACUUUUUCUGGGCUGGCCAAGCACAAGCAGCUGCACUGCGAUGCCCAGUCUAGGAAAUCUUUCAGCUGUAAAUACUGUGACAAGGAAUAUGUGAGCCUCGGCGCCCUGAAGAUGCACAUUCGGACACACACGUUACCUUGUGUCUGCAAGAUCUGUGGCAAGGCAUUUUCUAGACCCUGGUUACUUCAGGGACACAUUAGAACUCACACUGGGGAGAAGCCUUUUUCUUGUCCUCACUGCAACAGGGCGUUUGCGGACAGGUCGAAUCUGAGGGCUCAUCUGCAGACCCAUUCUGACGUAAAGAAGUACCAGUGCAAAAACUGCUCCAAAACCUUCUCCAGAAUGUCUCUGCUGCACAAGCAUGAGGAAUCUGGCUGCUGCGUGGCGCACUGAGGGACGCCAACUGUGUUUACUCAAACAGAAUCCAUGUCUUCACUCCAAUUCCAAAUGACAAAUGAAAAUCCAAAGGCAUUUUCUCUUGUGCGUACCAACCAAAUCUCACACACACGCACACACACUAAAAGCUGGAAAAGCAUGGAAUCCAUGUGUUUAAAGUUAAUCCUUUCCAUGUGAAGCUUAAAAUUACUCUGUCCUUACUGACAGCUAGAUUGAAAGGGUAAAAGACAAGGACCUUUCUUCCCAAAGAUGAAGCAAAAAGCACACUGCAUCUUUUUCUUUUUUUUUACUAAGAAAGAAUGCAAAGAUUUACAUUGCUGCCAAAUCACUUCAACUGAAAAGAACAGUAUUGCUUUAUAAUAGCGUUAUAAUAGAAUUUCCUAUAGGAAGAGAAUCUGCCAGACUAUCUCAGGUGCCUUAUAAAAUAUUCCAAGUUUACUUUAUUUGAUUUCUGACGUCUGGUUGCCAUUGUUAAACUAAGGCCUUUUGGAUGAACUGUAAGGCUUUAAACUGUAUUUUUAAGAUAGAGGAGAAACAAAAACCAAUAACAAAACACAGGAGAGUGUGUUAAAAGUGUUUUUUGUUUGUUUGUUUGUUUUUUGCCAGUAACCAGUAUGUGCCUUGGGGGAGGAUGGAAAGACCAGCUUGGAACGUUCCUGGUGCACGCUUGAUCCAUGUCAUACUUUUUAAAGGAAUUUUAAAUGAUUUUUCUAAAGUUAAUUAAAAAUGGGAAUAAGUGCAAGAAGGAUUCUUAAGAAUUGAGUAAUUUACAUAAAAUAUUUUAAAUGCAUAUGACAGAUGCAAUACAUACAACAGUACCCCUUCCAAGUGCCUUUUAAUAAUUAAUUGUAUAGAUGAUGAGUCAAUGUAAAUUUGCGUUUAUUUUUGUAUGACUGAAUGAGUUUUGUAUGGAUGUCAGAUGUUGUCUAUAGCUAUGCCUAUGAACAACCAGAAGAUUUGUGAAAUCAAUAUUUCUUUUUUAAAAACAAUUUUUCAAGGUCCUUUUUUACAAUAAACAUUUUUGAUUUAAA